GAGGACUGCAAUGAGAAUUCAAUGGUGCCCCGGGAUGAGAUUUAAAAUGGCUUUUGAAACAGAAGAUUCAUCUCGUAUAAGCUGGUUCAUGGGGACUAUAUCUUCUGUUCAAGUUGAUGACCCGAUCCGGUGGCCUAAUUCUCCAUGGCGGCUUCUCCAGGUGGCAUGGGAUGAGCCAGAUUUGCUUCAGAACGUGACCCGAGUCAGUCCAUGGUUGGUUGAGUUGGUAUCAAACAUGCCUGCCAUCCAUUUCUCUCCUUUCACUCCACCAAGAAAGAAGUUGCGGGUUCCGCAACCCCCCGAUUUCCCUUUCAUUGGUCAACUUCCAAUGCCAUCAUUUCCCAGCAACCCCCUCAGGCCCAGCAGCCCCUUGUGUUGUAUAUCCGACAACAUUCCUGCAGGCAUACAGGGAGCCAGGCAUGCUCACUUUGGACUAUCUUCCGCAGAUCUCCACUUCAACAAACUUCACUCGGGUCUGUUUCCCCUUGGAUCGCAGCGACUUGAUUAUGCUGUCCAACCACCUAGAGUUCCCAUUGGCAACCUUACGGACAAUCCAAAGGACAACAAGAAUUUAUCUUGCUGGCUCACCAUGGGAAUUUCUACCCAAAAUUCAAAGAAAGAUAACGAAACAAAGACACCUAUGUUCUUGCUAUUUGGCCAGCCCAUUCUAACAGAACAGCAAAUCUCUCAGAGCUGCUCAUCUGAUGAGAAUCCAGAGAAGACACCAAAUUUUUCUGAUGGAUCGGGAUCAGCGGUUCUCCAGAAUGGUCCACCGGAGAGCGCAUCUGAUGAUGGAUCGCCUUGGUACAAAGAUCACCAAAAAUCUGAGUUUGGAUUGGAGACUGGUCACUGUAAUGUGUUUACAGCAGAGUCAUGUGGGGAGUGGCGGUAGUGGCGAGCAAGAUGA